AUGGCUACCUCAGGCGUCUUCUCGGCCAGGCGUCGCGCCACACCCGGUGAUUCAGAUGACACCGACUUGAGCCUACCACGAUGUGCACCAGGAAGACGAAUCCCGAGCUCAGAAUGGGAAAAGAAGCGCCCAAUCAUCACAAAACUAUAUCAAGAAGAGAAGCGACCGCUCAAAGAGGUCAUGGAAGUCCUCGAACGUGAACAUGGCUUUACUGCGACAGUCAAAAUGUACAAGUCCAGAAUCUGGAAAUGGGGUCUGGAUAAGAAACUCAAGAGCGAUGAGGUUCUUGCCAUUCUUAUCCUUAGGACUGAACGUGAGGCUCAGGGCAAGACGUCCGAGUUUACCAUCCGUGGGCAACCCGUCGAUCUUGAUAACAUCAAUAGAUAUGUUCGACGCAAUCCACAGCUUGUCGCUCGGUUUCGUGCUGGUGUCGUGCCCAGCAUCCAGACAACUCUCGAGGUUCAAUGCCAUACGCCAUCACCUUCCCGCAACAGCCCAUUACCACCGCCGCCACCCGAGGAGAUUUCCUGUAUAGAGCAGGUCGUUGAUCUAUUCAAAAACUACUUUGAUACAUCUUUCGCUCAUGGAUCCUGGAAAUACGAGUAUAACGUCAGUUGUGGCAACCAAAAUACAGGCGAUCGAAGCGUAGAGUUAUUCGAACGUGUGGUGACAAGCUUUGGCUUGGUCAACAGAUCCAUGAUGAGAAAAGACGAGAUAUCUAUCAGUGCCAUUCUUACCCCAGCCUUCGAGUCACUCAAAGAGAUAGUUGCCUCCGGGAGCCCUGUCUUCGCCACCCGAACGCCAUUCUUACUGUGGUACCUUUAUCGCUUCCACAGAGGGGACCUCCUGCGGAUCGUUAUGAAGUAUCUCACGGAUCUGAUACCUAUUAUCUUGGGCCAGAAUCAUCCCGUGACACAGAUAUGGCGAAUAGUUGGAUCUCUAGAGUUUUCAGAGCAUUACGAGUUAUCUACGCAACUAUACUCCUCGCUUGUGCCUCUGUUCGAAGAAUGGGUUGGACCAGCAAAUGAACUCACCACGAUAUUAUACUGCGAUCAUAUUGACUGUCUUUUCUACCACAACAAGACGACAGAGGCAUUGGAAGUCUCUACGAUGUACCGAACCAAAGCAGAAGCUACCCAGCUACGACAUCCAUGGCUCCGGGAGCUCGCUAUUCUCCAGACCGGCAUUGUCUGUAACGUAAAAACUGCUGAUAACGAGAUCGAAGAGGCUAUACAACACCUUCAUACGCUCCAAGACUGGGAUCUGGACGAAGAGCAACAAGCUGGCAUAAACAUUCAACUGGGCAACUACAGCUAUCAGAUGGGCAACUUGUCUCUAGCAAUUGAGCGCUUCCGAGAAGCGUCCAACCUCAUUGCCGCCUGCAAAGGAGACGAGCGCAUCCUCCACAGCUCCCUUGCCAAUCUCGAGUCCGCACUGCGCAAGAAAGGCGACACCGAUGAGGCCGCCCAGAUACAAGAGCUUCGUCUCACACGACUAUCUGACUUUGCCAAAGAGUCCGGCACCUUUGCAAGCUCAUCCUAUCCAAUAGAAAGCGCCGGCAACAUACCUGACACGUCUAUCGCGCCCGUCAGCCCUAUGGGCAGUUACAGCUGGGACGGUCAGCAGGUAUCUGAUUGGCUCUGGGGGGAUGAUAGUCAUGGGAGUUCCCUGUCGAUGAUGGGAUUGACACAACACUUGCAGGGUUGCUGA